AUGGAGGACAUGACUGGUCCUGCACUUGACGUAAAUGGAAUUACUCUCGACCGAAACACUCGAUCAGUAGCGAACAAACUAGUCGGGUUUCUCGACCUGAACUUUAUUCCUAUGGAGAGAUUGGGAAAAUCAUGCCGAUCCGUCUCAUACGCCUACGGCCGAGGAAAUCGGCACUAUUCUAAGUUCUUCGGCCUUACCCGCGCAGAUAAUAUGUUCCAUACCACACAUCCCCUGUUUCACUGCGCACAUACUAUCCCCGAAGCAGGCGAUCGGCCUGAGCACAAACUGAUGAAUAUAUGGAUCGACAUAGACCCAUUUGAAGCGGAAUCCCGGUGGGCUGUCCCUGAUAACGCGGAUCACUUUAACUUUGGGCCGGACUGGCGCUGCGUAUACAAAGUUCUUGCGGAAGUCGCUGGUCCACUUUCUCCUGGGGUUGAAAAUAAAUGGAUACGGCAAUUCCGUGGUCCGGAGUAUCGUGAUAAUAUAUGUUUUGGGUUCGAACCCAAGUUUGCUGAAGUGAAAGAACAAAGCCCCGUAGAAUGGUGCUGGAGCCGAGAUGCCAUUAUUGGAGGCCUUGCGAUGAGAUUAGACAGGCUUUCCACGAGGACGUAUCUCAUCCUUGCAGACUAG